UUUUAGAUUUAACAGUGUUUUCUAUGUAGGCAGCUUAUUAUGUUUUGAGCAACACCCUUGGAUACCGGGUGUUGUUGUUACUGACAGUAACCGGCUGCAACCGGUUCAGACCGUGUUGAUUUUGCUUCCUCGACUCAAACAGUUGAGCUUCAUCAAACGUGGCGAAAGCUUCCGUUCAACUCUCAAGAUCGUGUUUAGAUUCAAGGACCAGCCAUACCAUCAUUACCCUCUCUAAUAUUGCGUCCAGCAGUAGUAGAAACUAUUUCUGUUGAUGUUUAGGGCGUAUCAAAAAACAUUUGUAAUGUAACGUAUUCUUAAAGAAGCAGGAAGUGGUUUAAAAGUGCACAGCAGUUCUACAGGCAGGUCACUUCAUUCUCUUCUCCAUCCGCCUGAGUGUCAGUCAUGGACAGCACUAAAGUCACUCUGACAGUGAGAGGGAACACAGCAAUGGGUGAGGUGAUCGCAGUAGUUGGCAGUUGUGAAACCCUGGGCAGCUGGUGUCAUCAAAAAGCCGUGACCCUACAGCCAGCAGAGGAGGAUGGCACCCUGUGGAGAGCAACCGUUCAGGUUCCUAGAGGGGGUGAAACCAAAUAUCGCUAUUUCAAGGGAUUCAUUUUGGAAUCUAAGAAUGCAGGUGGGCCAUGUCAAGUCAUAGUCAGUAGAUGGGAGACCCAUCAGCUGCCACGCUCAUUGAGUCCCUCAGAACCAGAGCUUGUGAUUGACGAUGGACAUUUUGGAAUCCAUAGUGGUGUUGAGUGUGUGGACUCUGGCUGGUUGACGUGCCAGACAGAAAUUCGUCUCAGGCUUCAUUACUCUGUGAAACCUCCAGUAUCUAUUACUAAGAAACAAUUUAAGAAAUCACGCUUCAGAUUGAAGCUGAUGCUUGAAGGUUUUGAGGAGGAUGAAGAGGAAAGCCCUUCAUCAUUGCAUAAGAUGACCACUACGCUGGAGACCAGUAUGAUCAGUGACAGCGAUUAUAAGUCUCGUCAUUCCCAGCCAGAAUGUGGAUACGCCCUUGAACCCUCCCAGUGGACCGAAUACAGUAUUCACACCAUGGACCCCGACAACCUAGAGCUCACCUUUGAGUUCUUUGAGGAGGACCUGAGUGAGACCGUGGUUCAGGGUGAUGUCCAUCCAGGCUACGUGGGCACCGCAUGCCUCUUGUCAUCUUCUUUCGUGGAGAGUGGCAAAGAUCAGGGUGUGGUCACACUACCCAUCAUGAGCCGAAAUGCCAGACAGACAAUUGGAAAAGUUAGAGUGGAUUACUUGGUGACACGUCCUAUUCAAGACUUUCAGUGUGACAUGAGGCAGUCUUUUACCAAAUACUGGAAGAAAAGGAGCGCUUUGGAUGUUGGACACAGAGGAGCAGGAAGCACACUUGCUCCCAAACAUCACAAGAUAAGGGAAAACACAAUUGCCUCAUUUCUAAGUGCAGCCAACCAUGGAGCUGCUUAUGUAGAGUUUGAUGUUCAUCUAUCUGAAGAUUUAGUUCCAAUCGUGUACCACGAUCUCACCUGCUGCAUUUCUAUUAAAAAGAAAACUGACAAGAACUCAAUGGUAUUGUUCGAAGUUCCUGUCAAGGAUCUUACGUUUGAUCAACUUCAGCUUUUAAAACUCGUCCACACAACUGCCAUGGAAGUUCAUGACCACAAAGACUUGCAGGAUGAAGAGGUGUAUAUAGAUGAGCACCAGUCUUUCCCUUCCCUUUCACAGAUAUUCCAGGCUGUUCCAGAUCAUGUGGGAUUCAACAUUGAGCUGAAGUGGAUUUCUCAGUUCAAGGAUGGCUCCUGGGAUGGUAAACUCUCCUCCUACUUCAACAUGAAUCAGUUCUUGGAUAUCAUCCUCACCUGUGUGCUGCAGAACGCCGGCAAUAGGAGAAUAGUCUUUUCAUGUUUUGAUCCUGAUGUUUGCACAAUGGUGAGGCAAAAACAGAACAAAUACCCCAUCCUGUUUCUGACACAAGGAGUGACAGACCUCUACCCUGAACUCAUGGACAUCCGCUGUCAGAGCACUAAGAUCGCCAUGAGCUUUGCUCAGAGUGAGAACAUACUGGGAAUCAGUGCUCACACUGAUGAGCUCUUGCAAAACAUGGAGUUCAUCAGAGAGGCUCAGUCUAAAGGGUUGGUGGUCUUCUGCUGGGGCGACUAUAACAACGACCAUGAGAACAGGAUGAAGCUGAGGGAACAGGGCAUUGAUGGCCUCAUAUACGACAGAAUCUGUGAUGACAAACUCGAGCAGCCAAACAUCUUCAAAGUAGAGGAACAGGGUGGAACUCUAAAGGAGGUCAUUCAAACAUGUGCCUGCUCCUCCUACAGCAUUCCCUGCUCCUCCAUGCCGUGUGCAGGAAAAGCCCAGGAGGCCAACGGGGAGUCAGAUUCCGGCCUCAGUUCCUCUUGAGACCCACACAGCCAGUCCACCUUCACUCUAUGUCUGUAAUCUUCCAACAAAGCACCAGAACUAAGGCACAAAUGCACUCCGUCAUUAAGCCAAGCUUAAGCCUGAGAUGUUUUAGAGUAUAAUCGUGUAAAGAAUGAUAUUGGGGACAAUUACACAACGCUAACUUCCACAAAGGCAGUAUUUUUGCUUAUUUAGCCAAUUUGCUGUAUAUUGUGAUGGAAAAAAGCUGUAUAGAAUGAGUAAUAUUUGUUUUAUAAUUCUUAAUAUUCUGUUGAGAGUUUCUAGGGAACACCUGGUUUUUUUCUCUUCAAGUAUUUAUCGAUUUCUUUAUCUGCGGAAUCAGUAUUGAACGUUAACACAGUAUAGUAUUUCAAUUUCUUGAACAACAAAAAUGGAGGAUUAUUAUGCCAUACAAAUAAGACUGAAUAAUUCAAAUGAUUUAAAAGCUAUCAAUAGCUAUUGCAUUUCAGUAGCUAAGAGUGAGGCCUGCCUCUUUAAAAUCUCAGAAGACACUUGUGACUUGAACAUGUUCCUCCCCUGUAUAUAAUUAUCUUUUCACUACUAUAUCCAUCCACAAAUUAAUUCUCAAAUGAAACUCUGAUGAUUUCAGCAGAACAAAAUUGAAUCUUCUUUUUAUUCAGAUGUGCGGUUGACAUGAGCUCUUCACUGUAAAUGGGUAUAUAUUUGAAUGAAUGUGCCUCGUUAAACCUGUAUAUGCUGCUGAGUGUCAGUGUGAUCUUGUCUCUCAGCAGAUAUUUAUUCUGCUUCUCCUCACUACAGGGCAGUGAAAUCAUGCAUGUUUGCUGUUCAAUGCCACACUGGUCUCCAGCAACUUGCUGUAUGAAUCCACAUUCAAUGUUGUGGAUGUCACCAUGCCAACAUAAACCAGAACAACGCUCUGAGAGCCAGAAUAAACAUAUUUAUUAUCAAUGAAA